GUCAUGAAUUUACGUGUGCUGAUGUGUGUGCGGUAUUAUCCAAAUGGAGGGGAACACAAGUUCCGUGCGCUUGCGCGUUCGUGACAGCGUUAGCAGACGCGUCUUCUUAAGCCCUAUGCACAAUAUCAGAGUUCAAGAUUCGCCCGACAAGAAAUUCGUCAUUUACACUCAUGCUCCAAGCGUUCCUUUACCGACUCGCGUGUCUCAGCCGUUUGACGUGGAUCAGCUGAUAGCCGCCAUCUAGAGCGCGCUGCGUUCAUCCAACAUGGCCGCGCCUAUCGCCGCUGUCCCGCUAUAAUGACAACACACAGUAGUACACAGCAGAUAGUUUCGCACAUGUACGUUCACACCAUGUAAUGAAUUACAGUUCACACGUGUUGACGUUAUACGUUUCUCGGAGAUGCGUGACGCGUCACCUGCGCGGAGCUACUAACAGGUUAGGUCACCUGAGCGGGAUGAAUAAUCUCUGUAAGAACGUGUCGCGGGCGAGAAACGUGCAUACCUGCUGUACGCUGCUGAAAGAAACGCCGCAGAAUCUGAAGAGCAAGAAGCACAGCUCACAGCAGUGGCUGGCGAGGCAGCUGCGCGAUCCCUAUGUGGAGAAAGCGAGGCAGGAGAAGUACAGGUGCAGAAGCGCGUUCAAGCUUUUGGAAAUCCAAGAGAGAUUCAAGAUUCUCCAGCCAGGACAGGUUGUCGUGGACUGCGGAGCGGCGCCGGGUAGUUGGACCCAGGUCGCCGUCAACACGACCAACGCGUUGAGCAAAGAAGACUGUUCUGUUGGUAAGGUGUACGCCAUAGACAAAUUACCGUUUUAUCCCGUGGAAGGUGCGGUCGUUAUGGGCAAUAUGGACUUCACAUCCGCCAGGACGCAGGACGAACUACGCAAAGCGCUGCAGGACGUCAAGGUGGACGUGGUUCUAUCCGACAUGGCGCCGAAUGCGACUGGCGUGAAGGAGAUGGACCAUGAGAAUAUAAUAUUGCUCGCAUACGCCGCCAUGAAAUUCGCCCUGCAAGUCAGUAAACCGGACGGCACGUUCAUUGUGAAAGUGUGGGAUGGCGGGAAGUCGAUGCAAUUGGAGCAGGACCUAUUGAGAUUCUACAAUAAGAUUAAGGUAGUCAGGCCGGAUGCCACGAGAGACGAGUCGACUGAGAAAUUUUUCUUAGCUAGAGGUUUCAAAGGACUUAAGUCGAGUUGAUGAUGCAAAUGAGACCGACCUUUCCGUGCUGAGAGCGCAAUUUUUGUUUUUACUAGAAUAGGAACGUACGAGGACGUGUACAAAUCAGGUAGGUUUGAUAAAUAAAAGAAAAAGAACGACAGAAUAUUUUGGUAUCAUCGAAUGCAUCUUUUAUAACUCCCUUUGUCAUCUAACAGGCGGCCUUGCACAACACGACAAAGAUGCAAUAUACAUCGAUAUAUUUCGCUAUAAAUAAUACAAUAAGAUUUGAUACAGUCAUGAUUAAUACGCAUCGGGACGCGAUUGUGUAUGAGUGUGUGACGGUGUGUGUUAACGCUUACACUUCUUUCAUAUAUUAUAUGCUUAUACUUUACGCUAUGUAUAUACAAUUUCCGUAAUAAAAUUAAUAUGUACACGAAUCGA